CCUCUGAGGAUCAUACGCAGUGUUUUCAACCACGAUGAGUUAACACUUUUGUUGAUACAGCCACAUUCCUUCAGCUCCCCCUUCCAAUAUAUUUAGUUUUCUUUUUGGGAAUUGGGAAUUUGUUCCCUCCCUGCAGAAAAACGUAUAGUCGCUCUCACCACCUCCACCCUCACAGAUGCAGACUCUGACACACAUCAGCCAGGAUCAUUUCAGCUCAACUUCUCUGUCUCACGUUGGCUUAAAUCAGAGCUUCUAGUGGACACCUAGCUACACGGACUUUGGCACAGGUGUAAUGUUUUUGCCAAGUCAGGAGUUCAACCAUUAACCUAACUGGGAAGAGACCUGCAGAGCCACACAAACACAAACUGUCACCCCUCAGAGUCUUCUAACCAUCUCGAUCAGACAUGGUCUACUACAUCACCAAAACCGUUGGCCUGGGGCUGGUCUUGUUGGCCUCCAUUGCUGUGGUUACAACUAUACCUCCGUCCAGGAACCAAGGCGCAACUGGUGAUGAAGCAGCCGGCAUCAUCCUCCCAUUUCCCACCGUCCCAGCAAAGAAGGAGGCCUGGGACCAGUACAGACUCCCAGACUCCCUCAGUCCUGUGUCCUACGAUGUGACCCUGUGGCCCCGGCUGAUGCCUGAUGACAACAGCAUGUACAUCUUUACAGGACAUUCAACCGUGCACUUCAACUGUGUGAAGGAAACAAAUCUCAUCAUCAUCCACUCCAAUAAGCUGAACCUCACCAGCUUCGAUGGGAACCUUGCUAAGUUAACUAGCCUGACUGAAAACUCUGCACCUGCUAUUCUGAAGUCCUGGCUCGUUGUAGAGACAGAGUUUCUGGUUCUGCAGCUGCAACAGGCACUCACAGUUGGAGCGACAUAUUCCCUUUAUACUGAAUUUGUAGGGGAGCUGGCGGAUGACCUGCAUGGCUUGUACAGGAGUAAAUAUGUGGAGGAUGGAGUGGAGAAAGUUGCUGCAACCUCACAUAUGCAGGCGACGUAUGCCAGGAAAGCCUUCCCUUGCUUCGAUGAGCCAGCCAUGAAGGCCGUCUUCAAUGUUUCCAUCAUCCAUGACCCAAACACUGUGGCUCUGUCUAACGGCAGGGAAAUAGCCACUGAGGACUCUAUCAUCGAUGGCGUGCUGGUUAGAAAGACAACAUUCGAGCCCACAAGAAGAAUGUCGUCAUAUCUGUUGGCACUGAUCGUCUGUGACUUUACUAGCAUUCAGUCAACACAAAGUGAAGAUGUUUUGGUUCGAAUCUGGGCCAGGAAAAAAGCCAUCGAUGACGGACAGGGUGAAUAUGCUCUAAAAGUCACAGGGCCGAUCCUUCAGUUUUAUGAGCAGUACUACAAUGUACCGUAUCCACUCUCAAAGUCAGAUCAGAUCGCUUUGCCGGACUUCAGUGCUGGGGCGAUGGAGAACUGGGGUCUGAUCACAUACAGAGAGACGGCUCUGCUCUACGACCCCUUCAUGUCCUCCAAUGGAAACAAAGAGAGAGUGACAACAGUGGUCGCUCAUGAACUCGCACACCAGUGGUUUGGAAACUUGGUGACUGUGCGGUGGUGGAAUGACCUGUGGCUGAAUGAGGGCUUUGCAUCAUACGUGGAGUACCUUGGAGCUGACCACGCUGAACCCACCUUCAACAUCAAAGACAUGAUCAUUCUGGAUGAGGUGCACAAGGUAUUUGCUGUGGACGCCCUUGCCUCUUCUCAUCCACUCACAUGCAGAGAAGACGAGGUCAAAACCCCUGCACAGAUCAGUGAGAUGUUUGGCACCAUCUCCUACAGCAAGGGAGCGUCUGUGAUCAGGAUGCUGUCUGAGUUUCUCUCUGAGCCUGUGUUUGCAAGAGGACUCAGUUCAUACCUGAACACAUUUGCUUUCAGCAACACGGUGUACAAAGACUUAUGGGACCAUCUCCAGCAGGCCGUUGACAACACACCAAAUAUGCAGAUUCCUUGCACCAUCCAUGACAUCAUGAACCGCUGGACUCUUCAGAUGGGCUUCCCGGUGGUCACUGUCGACACUCAGACAGGAAGUAUCGCUCAGGAACACUUCCUGUUGGAUCCAGACUCUGUAGUGGAAAGACCCUCUGAGUUUAAUUACACCUGGAUUGUCCCCAUUAAAUGGAUGAAGACGGGGGUGGAGCAACAACAGUACUGGCUCCUUGACAAGACAGACGCCAACGAUGAGAUGAGAGUUUCAGGAGAGGACUGGAUUCUGUUGAACACAAAUGCAUCAGGGUACUUUAGAGUCAACUAUGAUCUCCACAACUGGGAUCGUCUCCUUGCUCUGCUCAACACCAACCAUGAAGCUGUAUCAGUCAUCAACAGAGCACAGAUCAUAGAUGAUGCAUUCAACCUAGCAAGAGCAAAAAUAAUCACUACAACACUGGCCCUGAGAACAACCAAAUACCUGUCCAUGGAGAGAGACUACAUCCCCUGGCAGUCAGCUCUGGAAAACCUCAAGUACUACAUCCUCAUGUUUGACCGCACUGAGGUUUAUGGAGCUUUACAGGCGUACCUCAAGAAACAAAUCCAGCCACUUUUUGAGCACUACAAGAAAAUUACAGACAACUGGACCAAAGUUCCUGCAGGACACACUGAUCAGUAUAAUCAGAUCAAUGCCAUUAGCUACGCCUGCAAGACAAAUGUGGAGGGUUGCAGAGACCUGGUUAAAGGCUGGUUCAGACAGUGGAUGGAAAAUCCACAGAACAAUCCCAUCCAUCCCAACUUGAAGAGCGUAGUUUAUUGCAAUGCCAUAGCUUAUGGAGGAGUGGAGGAAUGGGAAUUUGCCUGGAAAAUGUUCAAGGAAACCUCUCUGGCGACUGAAUCCACCAAGCUGCGAUCAGCUUUGGCCUGCUCAAGAGAACCCUGGCUUUUGAACAGGUAUCUGGAUUACUCUCUAGAUCCGAACAAGAUCCGUAAACAGGAUGCCACCUCGACCAUCUCAUCCAUCGCUGGAAACGUUGUGGGGAUGCCGCUGGCCUGGAACUUUGUCAGAGCCAGAUGGAGCGACAUUUUUGAGCAGUAUGGACAAGGACAGUUCACCUUAUCUCGUCUUGUCGAAGGAUUCACACCGAGAUUUUCCACAGAGUUUGAGUUGCAGGAGCUGAAGAAAUUUAAAGAAGACAACAGCGGUGUUGGUUUUGGCUCUGCUACCUUGGCCAUGGAGCAGGCAAUAGAGAAGACCACGGCAAACAUCAAGUGGGUGACGGAGAACAAAGCUGAUGUGCUGAAAUGGUUCACUGAGGAGUCCAUAUAAGGACACCAGGGCAGUUCAAAUGACAAGCUCUCUUUUUCUGCACUGCAAGGGAUACAUAAUGAAUGUAAUCACUAUAAUCAUCUACUAUAAAUAAGCAGCCUGUAUCAGAUGGUGACAUAAAAACAUGUGCCACAUCAUCUUUGAAGCAAACAGACAAAUGAUGAACAGUAGAGCCAUGGACCACUAAAUAUAGAUUGUAUUUGAGAUAACACUGAUCUGGGCCCAGCACUGAUAAUAUGGACCACAGCAGAGAUGAUCUGGACCUCGACACUAAUAUCUGGACCCAGAUCCUGUUAAUCUGGACCCAGACAGUAAUGAUCUGGACCCCAAAAAUGAUGGUCUGGACCCAUACACUGAUGAUCUAGACCCAGACAUUGGCGAUCUAGACCCAGGCCCUGUUUUUCUGGACCUGGACACUGAUAAUCUGAACACAGAUAUCAAUUGUCUGGACCCAAACAGGGGUGAGCUGGACCCACACACUAGUGUUGAUUUGGCAGCUAUUUUCGAUUUUUGUCUCAGUCUUAGUCUUUACAUUAAAUGUCCUUUAGAUUUUGUCACAUUUUAGUCAUUUCUAUCCUUUUUAGUUUUAGUUGAUGAAAACUCAAAAACAUUUAGUCUAGUUUUAGUCCAUAAAAAGUCCUCAUAGUUUAGUCUUUACUUUUAGCCCAAGCAUUUAUUCUCUUACCUGAAUCUCAUACCAAAUCAUGGUUGUGUGUUUUAUACACUCUGCCAAACCUGGGGUGCCUGAUGCAUUGUAUUUCGACAGAUUUACCCUCAAUGGUGAAAUAUCACAGGUUUUGACUGUCAGACAAAAACUACAUUACAUUUUAGUCUAGUUUUAGUCAUCUUGACGAAAACUAAACUUCCUUUUUGCCCAUUUUAGUCAUCACAGAGUUUUCAUCAUGGAAAAAAGGCUGUCCAUGAACAUUUUUAGUCAUAGUUUUAGUCGACCAAAUUAACACUACCACUCACUGAUGAUCUGAACCCAGACAUUGACAAUCUGGUCCCAGACUCAAUGGACCUGGACAUUGAUGUUUUGGUUGCAUGUUCUGGCUUCAAAUUACUACACUAGGAAAUCCAGAAGCAGUUUAUUUCAAUAUUCUGCCAAUGUGCAAAACAAAUAACCCAAGUCCUUACCUCCAUUCUGUAAAUGGCAUAAAGCACUGUUUUCCUCAGCUUGUAAGUGGACUAAUUUAAGAAAAGUCUGAGAAGUCUGUUAAUCUUAUUGCUUUAAAAGUCAUCUAUAAUAGCAAAAUAUAAUGGAAAAGGCACAGUUUGAGAAUUACCAGACAUGUUUUAUCAGCAUGUAUUGUAUUUACAUUUGAAAUUAACCCAUUAUCGCACACUUGUCAUAAUACAACAAUUUUUUAUACAUGUAAGACUUUUAAAUGGCCUAAGUUCAUGUUUCUUGUGACCUUGUAUGCAGCAGUACAUAUCUUGGCCUCUUCUUGCUUCUCCAAACACAGAUCAUGUUAACUGUUAUCCAUAUGACAUUUGUACUGAUAAGCACCUCAUAUAUAACCCCACUUCAAACUUUAAAAAAUCCCUUUCUGAUUUGACAUUACUGGACAAAAAGUGUCAAUAACAAAUAAACAUGCCUUUUAAAGUUUUUA